AUGAGCAAGUUUCCACAGCCCUGGCGCUCGACUGUCUCGCACUGGCAGGCGACGAACCGCGGACCCACAAGUCUGUACGGUCACGGCGCCGACGAUGAGCUUCCCGAGGAUGCUGACAUUCUUAUCGUUGGCGCGGGCAUGAUGGGGUGUGCGCUGUCGUAUUUCCUCACCCGCUUGGGCGGGGCGGGGGCAGGCAAGAGGGUGGUGUGCGUCGAAUCGAAGGACGUGGCGAGCGGUGCCAGCGGGCGUAAUGGCGGACAUGUCGGGCCGAAGACCUAUGCGCUGUGGCACCAGCUGCAACAAGCUUACCCACUUGGUGCGGGGCUCAGUGCAGAGGAGGCGGUGCGCGUGAUGCAGAAUGAGCGCGACAACCUCGACUUGGUCGAGCGCGUGGUAGCUGACGAGGGAUUACAAGUGGAUUUCUGGCGCGGCGAGCUACUCGAGACCCACCAUGACAAGGCUCGCACCAAGUGGUGCAAGGAGCAGUACGAGGCGUGGCUUUCUCAGCGGAAGAAGAUGGGCCUGAGCGGCGACGAGACGAAGUUCAUCGACGACGCGGCGGAGGCAGAGAAGCUGUCGCGCUUCAAGGGCGUGACGUCCGUCCAUGUUCGCCCUGGCGGUAGUGUCCACCCACACAAGCUCGCCACAGCGCUGAUGCACCUCGCGCUCGCGUCGCCGCACGCCCAAUUCAGUCUACACUCAUGGACGCCGGCGUCUGGCCAUCCGCAGCGCCGUGGCGACAGAUGGGUGUUGCAGACUAGCAAGGGCGCGAUUCGCGCCCCCCGCGUCAUACUCUGCACGAAUGCACACACACGCCACUUCUUUCCCCGCUCCUCGCCACUGCACGGCCACAUCGAGCCCUACGUCGGACAAUGCAGCUCGCUGACGCCUACCCCGACAUUCUCGGGCGCCGGCGCUCUGCGGAACACAUACAACAUGCUCGAUGGGCACUAUCUCGUGCGCACGGCGAGUGGGGAGCUCGUGCUUGGCGGCGGUGUUGCGCCGCUCGUGCGGUCUGGCGCGACGCCAAUGUCGCGGAUCCACGGAAAUGUCGACGACAGCGAAGCGAGCAUCGACCCCGCGAUUACGCGGGACCACGCGACGUUCAUGCGCAACUUUGAGGCAUGGGGGCCUGAGGCGUAUGGCGAGGGCCUCGUGCGCACUUGGGUCGGCGUGCUCAGCGCCGUGCGCGACUGGCUGCCGCUCGUCGGCGACGUCCCCGGCUCUGCGGGGCUCAGUGUUGCGGCUGGGUUUGCGGGGCACGGCAUGGCGCGCAUCUUUGCGGUCGCGCGGGGAUAUGCGGAUACACUCAAGAAGGGGAGGUGGGACACGGCGCUGCUUCCCAGAUGCUUCGAGAUCACAGAGGAGCGAUUGCGGCGCGCUGAGGCUGCC